AUGGCGACACCCCUCCCAUUGUCUCCAAGGCGGUUGCAACCCGACGAGCUCUUAAGUACCACCAGGUCAUCUUCUCUUUUAUUGCUGUGGGACUCGACUCGGGCGGGUCUUCAUGACGAACUAUCACCGCAGUCUACUACGGACCCCUCUCAAGCUCCAGCCCAAGGAACCGACGGUAGAGACGACUCGGUCUCCACUUCUUUACUGCGUAAAUCGUCAAGUUGUGCGGACGUUUCGACUUUGGGGCAUCGGACUCGUAAUUGCACGACUAUUCCAUCCAAAAGGGACAAGUUAUCGACUGUACGUGGUGGUGGUGGUGCUGCGACUCCUAUUUCAACUUUAUCCCCCGUACUCCGCCCGCCAACGACGUUGUCGUCAUUACAGAAGAACGAAACGGACGACACAAUCACUUGCCCGAGUGUUCCAAGCACGUCGCCGAAUUUGCUCGACAAGUGGUUGUUUCGAAGCGGGACGCCUUCAUUUACAGCGUCGCCCAUGACGUCGAAAGAGUCGAUGGGAAGUGCCGCCGAAGAUGAAGUCGAUGCGAUGAACGUCGUGGUCAUGAACACGAAUCUCGUGCCACCACCUUUUGCCAAUAUGUACGCGUGCGAGUCCUGUCGCGAGGACAUUGGAUCGUUGCUAUCUCAAGGACGACAUCAUUGCCGGAACUGUGGCGGCUCGUUCUGUGCCGAGUGUACGACCCAUUCCAUCGUCGUGCCAUAUCGAGCGUAUUUGGCACGCGGUGAGCUGCGUGUGUGCGAUGGUUGCUACUAUCGGAUUCAGAAUUUUCAGAAACAAGUGAAGAGCACAAGUGUCACGUGGAGCGGUCUCCAGCCGCCGUCAAGUGAGCAGCUGAUGCAGGACUUUGACUUGUCGGAAGAUGAAUCGCCUGUUGCAAUUUUCAAUUGUGCGCUGUUCUUGGACACGACGCCGUUUUACGGCCAUCUCGUGCUCACGCGCAAGCGUCUGUGCUUUCAGAGUUAUGCGGACGCGAAGAAACGGAAAGUGGCGUACUCGCGGGUGCUGUCGCUGUUGAAGCCGCAAUUUUACUACAUCAAUGGAUUGCAGGUAAAGACGAAGCAACGAGAGACUUUUCUCUUGGCUGAGUUCAAUGGACUUCGUGACACGUGUUUCCUCCGAAUCGACCAGCUCAUUCGAGCUUACCAAGAAGUUAGCAAGUUGAAAGGCCUGGGACCUGGAAAGUCUUCAAGCACCAAGGAGCUUCGGAGGCAGGCGCUUGAUCGCCGGCGCUCGUACAAAUUGAUCUCGGAGCACAUUGCGUCGUCAGGAGGGUGUACUAGCAAUUCAAGCAGCUCACUCAUGUCGUACUCUUCCUUCAUAUCUACUGUAGGAUUCAUUGACGUUGACGACGAAGAUUUCACCGCCGAUGCGCCUCUUAGUAGCAUUGUCGAGGAUUGUGGUCAUAUUGAUGAUGGGAAAUCGACAGCUAGUGACGAAGAACCGUUUGAGCCGUUGCCACCUGAUCCGCUACUUGAGAAGAUGACGAUUUUGCUGGAUUGUGAAUUGCGAGCCGAUGUGAAGCGAGUCUUCGAUCUGUUGUGGGAUGAUGGUCCUGGCCAAGAAUUCUUGCGCACGACUAUGGAGAAGGCACGUGAUAUCGAUAUUGAAGUCGGGCCGUGGAAGACGGAUGACAAGAAUGAUCCUGUAACUACUGCAGAAGUCCGAAAGGGCUUUGAGAUCUCCAAGGAGAAUGACUAUACACUUUACCGUACAGUACGAUCCCAGCACCCACCUAAGACUUCGUUUCCUGGUUUACCACCAUACGCCGGGUGCACAAGAACGCAACGAUUCCGUCUUGACGAAAGCUCUAAUGACGGAGAGAAGUGGGAUCGGUUUGUGAUUACUGAAUUGAACCGCAUGAGCAAGAUUCCAUUCAGCGAUUACUUCGUAGUCGAGAUGCGUUACGUGUUUUCUCGCGACGGCAACAACUAUUGCCACGUCCAAGUAGGUUUGGUCGUCAAUUUCCUCAAGGCAACGUGGUUCAAGAGUCAGAUCAACUCGUCUACGCGAUCCGAGUCGAAAGAGGCGCUAGAGUCAUGGGCGAAGCAAUCAAUUGAAUUUCUGGAGUGUCAACGAAAUCGUAUCGUUCCACUUUCUCCGACAAUUGACGCAUUAACUGCUUCUGGCAGCUUCAGCGAGCUUGUACCGGGGGCAGAUAGUGCUCUGCACCCUGCGAGUGCACAUUCCACGUUCAAGAGCGCAAACGUAUCGACAGCUCAGUCGUCAUCAUCUCUGAAUACUGCAGCAAGUGCUAUUCGGCGUGUUUGGCCGCCGUUGUCUCUGGUGCAAGUGCUCUUGCUGGGUUUGCUGGCUUAUGGUCUCUUGAUACUUCGUGGGCAUCAGAUGCAAAUGCAAAGGCUAGUCGACGAAACGACAAAAUUGCUUGAACAGCUUCAAAAUCAACAGAGUAUGCUACAGGCACAGGCAUCGACAAGGCAACAAAGUACCGACGAUUUUCUCUACCAUCAAGACACAAUGGAGACUUAG